UGCCCAACUAGACACGGUCGAGUAUGGACGUAUCGGUAUCGGCGUCGCGACACACGACAAACCAUGUCAAAAGCAGCACCAGCUUGUAUCUUGUUGUUCAACGAUAUCAGAAGCAGAAUUAUAUCGGCAGUCAUUUGCUGAGGACAGCGUGAAAAGUUUGUGAACUUUAAAGAGUGCAAAGUGAAUUGAAACAAUAAUAAGUGAAGUUAAAAAUACCAAACCAAACAAAAGUGCGUCCCGCAGACGGUAAUUUUAUUUCUGUGACAAAGGGGAACGAGGCAGAAAAAGUUUUCUACCCCGUGAAAAGUAAAAAAUAUUUACUUUUCGAUCUCGAGAAUAAAGAAGAAGGGGGUCUUCGAGGAUCCAGAUAAGGAGUUUAAACAGAUUCUACAGACGUCGUCGUCUUGAUGUGGUAUGUACACAGUCUAAAUUGCUGUGUACCGAGCUGAUAAGUGAUAGAGACCAUAUUAGGCGCAUUUCACUCGACAAGCUCUUUGUGUCGGAACGAGAGCGCUAUUUGGAGUCAAUUUAGUGUGAUUUGAUAACGAGCUACAUACAUACAUAUUGUGUAGAUAAGAAGGGUACAUUUAUUCAGCCCUGGAAAGAUGUGGUGCCUCGUAAAUCUACCCAACGGGACGACCUCCGGGGUUCAGUGUGACCCCAAGCGUAACAGCCAGGAAUGUCUGGAAAAGGUGUGCAGUGACCUUGGCAUCAUCUGUGAGACGGAUUACUUCGGAUUGAUUCCGGUUCGCGAAGGGGACGUUGCUGAGGCGGAUGAAUGUACAGCUAAGCAGUGGAUCAAUUUGCGCAACCCGUUGAGUCUGCACGCGAACGAUCGCAACCACCCAAUUUUGUUGUCGUUGAGGGUCAAGUUUUGGGUACCAGCGCAUUUAAUUCUACAGGAGAGCGUACGAAAGCUGUUCUACAUGCAGGCCCGUCAAGAAUUGCUCGAUGGACACAUUACUGCCGCUGAUUGGACCAAUGCAGCUCAUCUGUCGGCACUGCUACUUCAAGCCGACGGCUACAAAUACGACCCUAGCAAGGUUCCAACAGAACCUGCUCCAUCCGAUCGAGCAGGAAGUCCCGUGAAUACCUCGGAACGAAGACAACUGAGGCGGCCAUCCAAACGGAAAUGCUCAGAAUCGGAAUCCAAACGCGGCAGCAUUGGCUCUACGGUUAUUUUAGAGGAAACCAGUAGCGAAUCUAUACCAAAGAACAUCUACCACACCUAUGUCGUCGGACCCAAAUUCGAUGAUGUCGAACCCGAACCAAUGCCAGAGAACUUUUUCCAAAUGGUUGCCAAGGAACAUGAAGUGCUAAGCAAAAUCAAAAUGACCGCUACGUCUGCGCAGUAUUGGUUGCUGGAAGAAAUUUCUUCCUUGAACGGUUACGGAGAGGAAGUCUUCGAGGGAUUCACCAUUGGCGAUCCUUCCGUUCGGUGCAAAAUUGGGGUCAGCCCUCACGGACUUACAAUCACCAAAGAGGAACAGAAAUUUAGUGUUCCAUUCACUGCUGUUAAAGCAGCCAAGUCAAUCAAGCGAUCAUUCCGUCUAACGUACAUGAACGAAGAACAUGAGGAAAGCAAUGUGGAGUUGAAGCUUCCAAAUCACCGGACGGCUGCUUCGCUGUAUCGAGCGAUAACCGAAAAGCACGUGUUCUACUCUUGCGAAACGGUUCGACCGAUCGUAACCACCCAGUUCAUCCGAGAUCUCAAGGGAACCAUCAUCUCCAUGUUCAAUGAAGAUACUGAACUCGGCAAACGAUACGUCUUUGACAUCCAGCGAACGUGCCGCGAAGUGUACGACAACUCGAGGCGAAUUCUACACACCCGUGGUAUCGAGAUCAGCAAGGUUCAGCAGGACAGUCCGCAGAUUCAGGCAGAGAAGCUUCAACAGUCGCUUGCCGACAGUGCCGAUGAAUCGGACAAACUGGAAAGGCUCGUCGAAGAGCGAAUCAUGGAAGCCGUCACAUGCAUCAUCUGUGCCGACAAUAUGAUGGAUACCAUGUUCCUUCCCUGCGGACAUAUCACUGCUUGUCUGCAGUGUGCUAAACAAUGUGAUCGGUGUCCCUUGUGCCGGACGAAUGUCGAGUGCGUCCAAAAGGCAUUCCUGCCACCAGUGCUUCGAACGACGAGGAGUCCCAAAACUCCGUCAUUACCUAUCGCAGUUAGUGCUCAGUGAAAGCACCUCCUACAAGACCUAGGGUACAAAUACCCCCAAUAUACCCAACAACUGUAACUACAUUACCACUAGGCUUACCACCCUAUAUUACUUACAUCAAGUAGACCCCUGCCGAUAGUGACUAACGCCCACAACCCCCCCCCCCCCCCCUUCUCCAUCCUACCUGCAGCGUACAGCAGAGGCAAUAUAGUCACUUUUAGUAUUAGGAAUCACCACAGAAAGAGCCACUUUAGAGGGAAAAAGAAAUUAUUCAAACAAUGUGCAGAAGAACCGAAACCCAAAAAUUUAUUGGUAUCGUUUGAGUUUCGUUACAACCCCACAUAGGCGCAGUAAACAAACGUGAUAUUUAAUUUUUAGAUUCGUUAGGUUCAACUAACAACUGAUAAUACAUACAUAUAUGUAGAAGUGUAAGGACUAUAAAGUAUAAAAAUCUACAGGAAAUGAAACGAAUUAAAUUAUAUCAGAAAAAAGAACAACAACAACAACAAACGUUAAACGUAGUCAUAUAUCAAUGCAAUUUAAUCAACUUUCUAUAAGAGAAUCUAGAGCGUAGGCAAACACAAAAAAGAUUGGCUGUUUCGCUUUUGUUAAAAGCUUCAAUCAGGCAGGACGACGAAUAAUUUUAGCAAAAAAAGUAUUUUUUUUUAUUUUGUUAAGUAUUUUUAUACACCUUUAUCCUAAAAAACUGUUUUUACUGGACAUUAAAAAAAUGUCAAUUUCAUGCAUGUAUUUGUACGCGUCAUAAUGUACAUACAUACAUAGGUGUGUGUGAAACGUAAGAUAACGACACUACAAAGGCGAGGAGAAAAAUUUCACUGUCAUCAAAUGUCAGGAAGAGCCCGUCUUGAAUACAUUUUAACAUUUGCAGCAGCCAAAUGCUGCUGCAAGCGCGCUGUGAGACAAUUAAAUUUAACCCCAAAUAUGAAAAUGAA